CAUAUCAAAACAUUAAAACCUUGUAAACGAAAAUAUGCAUGAUAUCAAUCAAACUCCAUUGCGCAUUAUGGCUGCGUAAUAUUCUAAAAACACUAAGAUUUAUGGCCCAUUGCUCAUCCUUGACUCCUACAGAAGAUGUGUCUGUAGUCUAGUGGCCACCUUGAAAUGUGAAAAAAAUACACACAACCAGUCUGCUCCACAUGGUAGACUGUGUUAUGUUUUCUGUGGUUAGUAUUGUACUGGUGUUACAUUUGUAGUACUAAUGUAAAACUGUCUGGGAAGUUAAAGAUUAUAUGAAAUGGAGUUAAUUAAGUGAACACAAUAGCAGAUAUUAAGCUGUACAGAGACUUUCCAACUACGCAGACAAUGUGACAGACAAAGUACAUCAUAGCCCCCCCAAACGAUCUCGGAUUUAUGCUUUAGUACUGAACAGUGCCAUAAGUUUGUUAGUUGUUUAUAGAAAAUUUCGGACACUUUUCUAUUGAUUUCAAUACCUGAGUGAACAACCGGAAGUGAUCAAGUUUGUUUGCACCAUAUUUGUGUUCCAUAUAAUUGUAGUUUUUUUUUAACCCCCGUCUUUCAUCGAUAUUUGGAAUGGCCAUGGUUAACCCAGCAGUGUUGAAUUUAGCGGCGGCAGCGAAUGCUAAAGAUUCACGAUGGUUGACACUCGAGGUGUGUCGCGAAUUUCAAAGGAGUAAGUGCACACGGAGUGACCAAGAAUGUAAAUUUGCACACCCACCGCCACACGUGGAAGUACAAAGUGGACGCGUGACAGCAUGCUUUGAUUCUAUAAAGGGUAAAUGCCAGCGGAAGGAGCCGCCCUGUAAAUAUCUCCACCCACCCCAGCACCUUCGAGAGCAGCUGCUGCAGAAUGGGCGCAACAACCUGAUCCUGAAGAACCUGCAGUUCCAGGCAGCUCAACAGGCCGCCCUCAACCAGGGCCUUAUGUCUGGCCUUAUACCUGUGAAUCGUUCAACAACAGAAAUUACGACCCCUGCAUUGCGACAGGUGAUUCCUCAAACGAAUAACAAUGUAGCCCAAUACAGUAGCUCAACAGUCCAGGCGUUCCAGAGGGCCCAUCCUGAGAUGUUUGAGGCUGGAGCAAACAAGACCACCAUGGCCUUCCCUCACACAGUACUGUCUGCGGGGCAGUAUUCCCCAAUGUUGGCUCACCCAUAUCUUGGCGGUACCGCCCCACCCACAACUGCAGUAGCGUUCAGUCCGUACAUGAACGCGGGCCUUCAAACAGUGACAGUGACAGGCGCGCAGACGAACUGCGAGUCCCCCGCCCUGGUCUCCCAGCAUCACGGCGUCAUUCCAACUGCAUUCUCCAACAUGGCCGCUGCCAACAAGGUUGCUCGCCCUGACAGACUUGAGGUAUGUAGAGAAUUUCAGCGGGGCACAUGCACUCGCCAACCGAGCGAGUGUCGCUUUGCACACCCGCCCGACAAUGUCACAGUGGACACUGAGGAAAACUGUGUCACUGUCUGUAUGGAUUACAUAAAAGGGAAAUGUACACGGGACUCGUGCCGCUAUUUUCACCCUCCUCUUCAUCUUCAAGCGCAAAUCAAGGCCUGUCAGCAACGAGCUAAUGCCGCCGCAGCUGCUCAGGCUCACGCCUUGAUGGGCAUAUAUUAUGAAGAUAUGGCAACGCCGCACGUCGUUGAGGUGUUGACUGGCAAGAAACGCCCGCGAGACCCCAGCGAAGAGAUGAUGCUGUACAAUGCCAUAUUUCAGUCACAGGUGCCGGGCAUGAUGGGCCAGAUAAAGCGAGUUGCGAUGGCCGAUACGAAGGGUCUGCCGAUGUACCAGCCGUUCACGAAUGUCUCGUAUCAGCAGGCCAUAGCGGCCAUGCAGCUCCAGCACCAGCCACAGUACAUCCCUGUGUCGUUGCCGAUGAUGGUUGCCCCGGAAAUGGCCACCUUGGUGCCGGGGCCCUUGCCUGGGAGCAUUGUUCCGAACAAUGCACAUAGUGUUAAUUACUUUGAUGAAAAUAGACAGUUGCUGGACAACCUCCCAGUGUGCAAAGAUUUUAAGUUGGGUCUGUGCCAAAGGCCAACCUGCAAGUACGUUCACAUCAUUGAAGAGUAUGUAGAAGUAAAUGAUGGUCGAGUGAUAGUCUGCAGGGAUGCAGUGCGCGGCAAGUGUUCUCGGCCAACUUGCAAAUAUUACCACAUACCCGUACCCCUCCCACCUUCAGAGUAGUGGAGUCCUCUUGAUUGAUAGUCUUAAGGGUGCACUUGAUUUAAUUGUGUGCCUUAAACAAUCCAAACUUAAUCAAUUAUUAACCAACAUAAGAAACUGAUACUGUUUCGUUUUUUGUGAAUACACACAUUUUUUAAGCUAAUGAUAGUUUUAUAAACUUAUAAUCAUACAUUUCUUGUAAAACAGUGUGUAAGAAGUUUUCUUUAUACAUUUUGGCACAAAGACAUGUCUCUUUUUGUAAAAUGAGAAACCAAAGUUACUUAGCAACGAGAAAAGUUAUUUUAUGUUGCACUGAUGAAAGGUGAAUACACGGAAUCUAGUCAGUUGUUGAUGUUACAAAGAAAACAUUUUUUGUGUCACUGAAAAAAAAUGUUGCACCAAAAACAUUUAAAAGAGAAAUCAAGUUGGCUGAGUGGAGGGAGACAUUAGAUCCGUGGUCUUCAGAGAGAGAGAGAGAAAGCAUACAGGGGAUAAUUCUGCAAAUUGCCAUGGAAACAGUCUUGUGAUAAUUAAAUUUAUAGACUUUGUAAAAGUCUAAGGUUGUAAACCAAAGACUUAAAGCCAUAUCCAUAAUCGGAAGGAAAUCCCGUGAGCAUUUAUGUAUCAAAUACAUGUUACCGCUUUGUUUUAGGGAUUUUAUCCGGUUUCACAGAUUUUUUUCUUUACAACCAUAAAAGACAAACUUGUGAUAUAUUGCUGAUUAUUGAAAAUAAUAUUUUCACAUGUCAGACUGUAUAUUUUUAUAGCUGGUGAAUGCCAUUUGUUCAAGUUUCUCAUCAUUUUGUUCAUAAAAAAUCAUGCAUGCCAGACAUGAAGUUUGUAAACUAAAUUACUUUGUUAUGAAUGAUGUUAAUUUUUUAUGAACAAAAUGAUGUGAUUUGUUAAGAAAUUAACAAUUGAGCGUUCCUUGUGUAUCAAUGCUUAAAAGUUGCAGAGCAAACCAUACCCAUUCUUGCACAUUCUGAAUGUCAAACAUACUGUAUUUGGUAAUUUUUUGUUUUCACAAUGAUUCAGAAAUGUACUUCAACCAUCAAAUGUACAAAAUACCUUAGCCAAUCCACAGAAUGUUCAUUGCUAGUUAUGGUUUGUCUGUGUACAGAAUUUCUAACAAGCUUGUUGCUUAUAGUUGUAAACAGCCCGCUAUAUGAUUAACACAUCAUCUUGUUGUUGGUAUUUGCAGAAGCCUUCCGCGUAUGAAACUGUAUUCCUUAGCAGCGCACUGAUUGGUUCUCUGCUACCUUUCAAAAAUAGUAUGAAGUCUUGUGAUUGGUUGGUUUGAAUUUAAACUCAGCCAGUCAUAUUUUAGUGCUUUCUAUUUUGAAAAUUACCAGAGAAUUAAUAGUCAAAAUGUGUUUACAUGCAUAACUUCUUCAUAUUGCAGUUACUGAAAGUCUUUAAUGCAAUGUUUUAGCUUGCAUGGAAAGUCUUUUUGACUUUGGAAAAGCCCAGAUAUUUUUUCUAAUUGUUCAUUUUGAUGCAUUUUAUUUGUUUUUGUUGUACACUGUUUUUAUUAUGCCUGGUGCAAUGACUUUGUUGGUACACAACCUAUUAUAACUGACAGAUACCAGUUAUUCUCAACAAAAAUGUGCCAUAGUUGGUUAUUAUGUCCCAGAAACACUUGGACUGUGCUUGAUUUUUGCCGAUUGUUGUUGUACAUAUUAUUAAGAAUGUUUGUGGUUCUUUUUAUCAUGUUUUCAUGUUUUUUCGAUAGGCAUUUACAUUCAAAGUUUUGAAUUACAAAACCAUUACAUAUUAUAUAAUUUAUCCUCGUGAAUUAUUUACGAGAUUCACCUUAGAAUUUAAAACCAUUUUUAGAUGUCUUAAGUGUAAAAACCAGGAAUUGUAGUAAUCUUAGCAAUAGAAGAAAUAAAAAAAAAAUUCACUUACCGGUAACAAUUUUAUUUGCAUCAUAUAUUUAAAGGACACACACUUUUUUAAAUUCCGUAAUUACAGGACAUAAGCAGAUUUAUGACAUUGCAUUUAUAUUUAUUUUUUCCCCAUAAUUUGUUUAAGAUUUGUUCAUACCAUCAUUUACCAUUUGUGUCACAAUAAACUAGAAAAGUGCCAUGAUUCAAUACUUCAUAUAUUUUUUGUGUAUUACUACAUUAGGUUUUUGUGUACAAUUUAGCCUUGUUAAAUUUACAUUUUGAUUCUGUAUACAAGUGAAAUGGUUUUAAAACUAUUGCAGAUGUCCACUUAAACAAUUGACAGUCAACAACAAAGUGGUGAUGGAGAAACUGCUUUUUAAAUAUAACAAUCUUCACAAUGCUUUGCUUUGUUAAUGUCAGUGAAAUGUUGCUAACAAGAAAUGCAAGUAUUCAGAACUAAUGUUAUCCUCACAGAUGUGAAUACAGUGUAGUCUCAAAACAACGUAUGAAUGAAUACUUAUUGUUUUCAGUGUUUGUUGUAUACUGCCCUGUGAUUGGGCAUAUUAUGUAUUUGUAAUUUGUUACAUGAUUUUCCAUUGGUGCAGGAGAUGAUCACAUUGUGUUAUAAGCCAAUGAGAAUCUCUCUCUUUUUUUGUUAAGAAUUUGUUGUCUCAUGUAUGAUUUAUUAGUAUUGUGAAUAGGUAAUAUAGUUUGCUGUUAAAAUAAUUUAAUGACUAAAUAAAUUAAAGCUUAAAUAAAUUAAAGCUUCGAACUCGUGUGUAAUCAUUCAGAAAAACUAUUGGCAAAUACAUUCUUCUUAUCAAAUAGCUUUCUUUUGUGAUUUCUUUUAUAUACAUGUACUUCACAGUUUAUUAGAUGUAUUUUAAUUAACAUAUGUGAUAUUAUGUACAUUGUGUUCUUGUGAUGAUGUUCACGUUUUUAAGUCUUAACACACAUGCUUUAAGGAUAUUUUCUCUUGAAAGAAUCACAUUUUAUUAUUUUUUUUAAUUUAUGCAUAUUAAUAUCACAUUUUAUAAAUUUCAGUUUAAUGUAAUAAUUAGCAAAACAUCGAGAAGUGCCAUUUGUUUAUUUGAAUAAUUAUGCCAUAAUUCAUGUCAUGCAAAGUAAAUUAAAACGCAAAACAAUCCUUAAAAACCCUAUGCAUGAAAUGUUUAAUUCUUCAUAAUUUCUUGCAAUCAAGCACACACAGGACUUUAAUUCAGUUUUUGUAGAAAUGUGGGCACUUAAUAUGUGUGAAAUGUAGUAAAUAAAUACAUGUAUAUAUAGAAAUCUGAAGAUGUAUACAAUCUUAUGGAAAGAAGUUCUAAACUUUGCAAUUUUGAAGCACAUAAAUGCAUUAUGGUUUCGAACACAAACAUAUUAUAAUUUCUGUUUAAUGUCAAAAAUUGUGUGCCAUGAUCAAGCAGCUCAAAUCAAAUGGUUUGAGUUCUAUUUUGCAAAUUUCUGUCCAUUCAGCACAAAACAGGGAAAGUUAAGUGGCCUUCUGUAUUUUAGUGUUUUACCAAAGCUUUUUGCAAAGCUUAACAGCAUUUUAAUAUAUGGUUAUCAGCUCUUGUUUCUAUAGUUAAGAUACUUAGCUACGCUUAAAUAAUCAACAAAAAUAUCUGCUGAUAUAUUUUACUACAUUCCAAUGUGUUGAGCACAUCAUAUUUUCGUCAUGCAAAGUUUUCACUAUAACAAUAGCGUAAAAAUCAUUUUUCUAGUAAACGAAAAUAUUCAUGUACGAUAACUUUCCUUAGAGAUUGUGUACCUAUUAUAAGAGUAUCUUUAUUUUCCUAAAACAUAAAAUAUGGUUUUAUUGUGUAACUUGCCAUGUCAAACAACUAAGAAGUGAUUCCGGUGAUUUUGAUACUGAGGUACAUUACAAGCAUUGCUUCAAAUUUAUGUUUUGGAUGUCAUAGAGAUUUUGGUCAAUAUGUAAUUUAAUUGCCUACAAUGUGAUUAAUAUGUUGAUGAGAAAUGUCCAUAGAUCAAUUGUUUUGGUGUCAGUAAAUUCAUUCAAUUUGACAUGUGAAAGUUGGCACACAUUUCUUAACUGUUUGUAUAUUUAAAAUAUAAAAGUAACAUGGUUAAUUAUGUAAAACUUUAAUUAUUAUGUAAUUGGACAGGUGUAUUCCGUAAAACCCAUGAAUCUGAAGCAAUGCUUGUGAUUGGACUUGGUCUAUAUGGUAGCAUUAUGUAUAUUUUAAAUUUACCUUCAUUUAAAGCAUGUGUGUGUAUUGUGUAUAUUUUCUAUUGUGGGGUUUGUAACCAUAUUUCAUUGAGAAUGCAUGAUUGGCUUAUUAUUUGGGAGAUUAGAAGUUACAUCAUUAUAAGUCCAUAUUUCUUAGUAUUACUAUGUUGGAAAACUUGAAACGUUUACAUUACUAUAGAAAGCAAGUUCAUCCCAUGACGUAAAAAAAUGGCAUUGAUUUAUCAUAACUAAAAUUUAAUUGAUUUGGGCUGCCAUAAAUUAUUUUGUAAAAAGAGUCUAUUAAAAGGUAGUAAUGUAGUGUAAAAAACAAAUAAGAAAAAUAAUUUUAAAUAGUUCUGUUUUUGUUGUCAUUUAUAUGUGUAAUCUUUGAUAGUAAUUUUUAAAGUAGGCAUUCAUUAUGUAAUCUAAAAACCAAAGUAAAAUCCUGUUUUAAUUUGUGUAACUUACGAAGAUUGGUAUGGAUUUGUGCGUGGAAGAUAAUCUAUGUAAGACAUUGGAGUCUCCACAUACAAAGUCUGUGUGUAUGAGAGUUCUUGUAAAGGUAUGAAAAUUUCACAUUUUGCGGAGGUGUUGUUUUGUUUCACUGAAUGACGUUUAGAACAUGUAAUGUUCCUUAUACAACUGUUUGUAAAGUAAACAUGUUUUUGAGAUGUUUUAAAAUCAAUAUAAUGAUGAUAAAUUCUGUAUAAUAUGUUAUAUUUCUUUGUAUUAUUUUGUACAAUACAAAUGUAAGACAAAGCAGUUGAUUUUACCAAAAUGUGUAGAUUUAUUAACGCUUAAUGUACGCUUUUUAACGCUUUUUGUGUCACAUUCUUUGGCUGUGAAACAGUCAUGCUAAUUUUAGUGCCCCUGCUUAGUGAAAUUAAAUCUUUAACCCUGAGAUAUUCCUUUUUUAUAAACAUGUGGUUUUAAUAUUCCAAUUUUAGAUAGAAACUAUUCUCAAAAUGAGAAUUUGUUAAAUAUAUUUUACAAAAUGAGGUUGUUUAUUAAUAAAUGUAAUCUCCUUUAAUGCUAAGUGUUACAUGAAACAUUCAGUACUUGUAAUAUCAUGAAGUGUUUACAGUAAUGGUUGAGGAUUUACAUAUUUUAUAUUAUUUAAUGUUACAUGUAAGUGUAUACAACUUCUUUGAUUGUUUAUCUUCUUUUUUGUAAGUGAGAUAUUAAUUGACUCUGAUGCUACAAAUGAUUGUUGUUGGAAUUGGUUCUGAUAGCCCAGCUGGGAUAGCUGUUAUUUUUUUAUCACAGGCAUCUUCAAUAACCUUUCCCAGAAAAUAAUAUGACUUGCUCUUAUUGAAUAUACUAGAUUGACGCUUGUGCAUCAAUUAUUUGUCAGUAUUCAAAGAUACUGCUUGUGCAAACGCCUUUUUAGUUUAAAUAACACUACAUCAUGGAUUCGGAUAUAUUUGAUCCCACUUUGAAUGUACAAUUUUCCCGACAAUGCUUAAUCAGAUAGGAGCGCACAUCAGAAAUGUUCCAAUCAGCAAUAUUGCUAAAAAAUUUAAUGAUUAAAAUGUUGUUUUUUUCAUAUUAAUAGCUGGGUUUUUUUACGUUGGAGUUUGUGGCACUUUCUUUAAUACUGGCUCUUUUUAAACAAAAACACCCUAAUGUGUGUACACUAUUAUAUAAGUGGGGAGAGUAAUUAAUUAGAAACAAUUCCAUACUCUGAUGUUAGUUCAGUCAAGGGGGCGAAAUGCUUGGCAAAGUAUUAAAGAAACCGCUGCCCAAACUCCUGUUGUAGUUGAAAGUUGUUAAUCCUGUACUUUAGGUUGUCACAUGGUCUUAAUAGUUGCUUUUUGUGUUCUUUUAUUGUUAUAAUGUGUUUUUCCAUUUCAUUGAUUGCCAUACGUAUUUUACAUCAAUGUUCAAACAAACAAUGUGCCAUGAUGAUUAUACAAACAUUUCCAAAACUGUAAAUUUAUAACAUCACAUAUACGUGUGAAUAAUGUUGAUUAUUUAUCCAAACUGCUAUUAAAAGGAUACAUUGUAAACGCCAUUUGUGUGUAUAAUCGUAGCAAAUUAUAUUUAGUAAUUAAAAAAGAAUAUCACCUAACAUUAAUAAUGUUGCCAUUUAUUAAAGCUGCUCUGCUGAAGAAACGACUUACUUGAAUUGGCUAACAUCAUUUAGAAGACAAUUUAUGAAGAUAAAUGGUGUUUACAUUGAAAUAAUCCUUUCUGCUUAUAUUCCUGUCAUUAGAUAAGUCAGGCGACGUGGUGUUGCUAUAGCAAGUAUUGUACUGCUAUGGUAAACUGUGGUUGCUUAAACUGCACAUGAAUAUUUUCAAUAGCAACACUUAUUUUCAUUGCUGUUUCAACAAUUGUGCUAUAUAAAAUGUGCUGAUCAUUAAUUCCACAGAAAUAUAAACACGGACACAACUUUUUAUGGCUUUUCAAAUGAUAACUAAAAUUAUGUGUCUAUGGAUACUGAUUGAUGCGAUUAAACUAGUGGAAUUAAUGAAAACAAGUAGAGAAGGUCAUAUUUCAUGCUUUGUUUUGCUUUGCUAGUAAAUAUAUAUAUUGUAUUCGGGAAAUUUAUUUGCUUAUUUUUGUCUGUGUCUUGCUUGCUAGAGUCACUCUAAAAGAGAGCUUAAUAAAUGCAGAAGUAUGUAA